CGGUGCUCGGCACCAGAGGCAUAGGCCAUGGCGUAGAUAGCCACUAGGCCUUUAUAUUUUGCUGCUAGGCCUGCGUGGAGGUGCCGCGCCACAGCCACAGGCAUCUUGUCCAGCUAGGAACUUGAAGGAUCGAUGCUUUCUUUCUCUCAAAGGGUAGCCAGUCAGCACAAGCUAGCAAAGCUAGUGAGAAGAAAGAAACUGGGGCGCCACUACUUAGAGAGAGAGGCACAGAGUGUGUGUAGAGAGACGAAGCGGCAGACGCGGUCGAAGCUGGCAUUUCGGCUCCCCGAUUCGUCGGAAACAAUUCGGGAGGCACAAGAAGGAAACUAGGAUCCCUUCCAUCUAUUUCGGAUCUUUCCCUUCCUGCCGUUGCUGCCAACUGUUUCUUUGGGCCGGCUGAUGCGUGAGACGCAAUCUGGCAAUGGCGGUGUCAUCGCCUUCCUCCGCUCCGGCAAAGAAGAGCAAGUGGCUACGCGGCAACAAGAAGGUGAUUGGCAGGUACCUCGGCGAGGCGCGGGCAGCUCUCGCUGCGGCGGCGCAGGACGACGAGGGAGGGGAUGACGCGGCGACGGCGGCGCUCGGGCUAGUCGCCGCGGUGCUGGACAUGUCGCCGCGGGUGGAGGCGGCGCUGGAGCUCCGGGCGCGCGCGCUCCUCGCGCUUCGGCGCUACCGCGACGUCGCGGACAUGCUCAGUGAUUACAUCCCCAGCUGUGGCAAGUCCUGCUCCGGCGACGAAGCGACCUCCUCCUCCUUCUUCUCGUCGUCCUCCUGCUCAUCCGGCUCCGGCGACCUCGCCGCCGCCUCCCGGAACGAGCUCCUGUCCCGGGGGCGCGACCGCUCCGACGCGGGCGCCGGCGCCUCCCGCUUCCUGUGCUGCUUCGACGUCUCCGAGCUGAAGCGCCGCCUCGUCGCCGGCUUCUCCAAGAACUCCAGCGGCGACGCCCAGUGGAGGUACUUGGUCUUGGGCCAAGCUUGCUUCCACCUCGGCUUAAUGGAGGACGCGGUGGUGCUACUCCAAACCGGCCGCCGCCUCGCCUCGGCGGCGUUCCGCCGCGAGAGCGUGUGCUGGUCGGAAGACAACUUUUCCCCAUCGAACUUGACGGCGAACGCUGUCUCCGUGCCCGCCAGCAGAAGAGCGUCCAAGUCCGGCUCGGCGCCAGUGGCGCCGGUAAGCGAGGCGGAGUCCGUGUCGCAGCUGCUAGCUCACGUGAAGCUCCUUCUCCGCCGUCGCGCCGCCGCCGUGGCGGCGCUCGAUGCCGGCAUCCCUGGCGAGGCCGUGCGCCAUUUCAACAAGGUGCUCGACGCGCGCCGCGGCGUGCUGCCGCACCCCUUCGCCACCGCCUGCCUCGUCGGCCGGGCCGCCGCGUUCCGCUCAUCCGGCCGGCCGGCCGACGCCAUCGCGGAUUGCAACCGCGCACUGGCGCUUGACCCGGCGUUCAUCCCGGCGCUGCGUGCGCGCGCCGACCUGCUCGAGUCGGUUGGGGCGCUCCCUGAUUGCCUCCGGGACCUUGACCACCUCAAGCUUCUCUACGACGCCGCGCUCCGAGACAGCAAGCUGCCGGGGCCGAGUUGGCGGCCACAGGGCGGCAUUCGCUUCAGUGAGAUAGCCGGCGCGCACCGCACGCUCACCGCCCGCAUGCAGCAGCUCCGCGGCCGCGUUACCGCAGGCGAGGGGUGCAGUGUGGAUUACCACUCCCUUCUUGGGGUGCAGCGUGGUUGCACGCGCCCGGAGCUGGAGCGCGCGCACCUCCUGCUCACGCUGAAGCUCAAGCCCGACCGUUCGGCGUCGUUCGCGGAGCGGCUCGAGCUCGUGGACGAGCACCGUGACCUUGAGGCCGUGCGAGAUCAGGCACGCAUGUCGGCGCUGUUCCUGUACCGGAUGCUGCAAAAAGGCUAUUCGUUCAUCAUGUCAGCCGUGCUGAAGGAGGAGGCUGCGGAGAGGCAGAGGGCCAAGGACGCCGCCGCGACUGCUGCCUUGGCCGCCGUGGCAGCUUCAGGACCCAAGCAGCAACAAGAAGAAGAAGAAGUAACAGUGCCGAAGAAGCCCAUGUCGGAGAAUGUUCCCAGUGCGAACGGCGGCAUUGUUCAGGUUGCCAUGCCGGAAGCGAUGGCACCAGUAAUUCCAAUGCCCAGGACCGUGGUGACCGCGGCAACUGCAGCGACAACAAUCAGCCCGCCGUUCCAAGGCGUGUUCUGCCGCGACAUGGCAGUGGUCGGGACCCUGCUGACCCGAGGCGGCUUCGACCGCCCGAUUCCGGUGAAGUGCGAGGCAAUUAGCUGCUGAUCGUCGAGUGGUUGAAACAGUAGCAGACUCUGGAAUUGGCGGGAAAAAUGCAGAGGAAGUUUGAAGCGUUUUCAUCCAUAAACCUGCUGUAGUUGCAGCACUAGCAUUGUACAGUUUGGGAAGGCGCUUUCUAGGGGGGCUCGGGGGAUAACGAGCGAAGAUAGGAUCCAAGCAGCGCCAGGGAAAUUUUGAUUUCGUCUUGUUUAUCGUGUCAGGUCCUUUGCGAGUUUGUUAUAGUUUCUCUUCUGAAAUCUGGUCGUGUAGAUGCUGCUACUACUCCUUGGAACUGCAAAUUUGUACAGUUUUCCAUUUCCUUUUUCUUUAUUCAUGAUUCUGCUCUCUACUUGUAACAUGCAGACCUCCAGGUCUCUACUAUCUUAUGCAUGGCCUGCAGAUUUCCUCUUUGCUUCGAUCUGUUCGCGUCUGGAAGCUGAUGAACAGUGUGAUGGAAGAGACGGCAUCAUCAGUUCAUCA